AUGUGGCUAUUCCGGUCGAAGAGGCAAAGAUCAUCCAGUCUGACUUACGGGGGUCCAGCAAUAGUUUCUGCAGCGGAUGGUGCUGUGCCUUCGGUGCAGGUCGUCUCACAGAUGUAUAACGUCAUGCCUCGGAAGAGAGGGCUCUUUGGUUGGCUGUGGGCUCUCAGCGGGCAUCACAGGGAACCAUGCAUGAAGUUACCAGAUGUGGGUGGAGAGAUGCAGAUGAUGCUACCCAAUCAAGUUCCGGAUGCCAUCACAUCUGGAGACGUCUGCCUUUUGACUGAAAGUCCAUAUAGAAUACUUAGGAGAAUGACGGACAUACAACAACUUAAAAACGGCGCCAAGAGAUUGCCGAGAAAUAUGUCAAAACUGUUGGGUCUCACUCACAAAAUAAAUAUUGAAGAUCUAUUAGGGGCUGCAGAGAGUGGAAAUGUCGAAGAUUUUCGUCGUCUAUACUUAACGGAGCCUUCGCGACUGUCGGUGCGGGACACGCGCGGGCGCACCGCCGCACACCAAGCCGCCGCGCGGGACAACGUCAACAUACUGCAUUUCAUAAAAAAUAAUAAUGGAGAUCUCAACAUUCCUGACAAUGCCGGCAAUACGCCUUUGCACAUUGCUGUGGAAAAUGAAUCACUGAGAGCGAUAGAAUUUCUAUUACAGCAGGGAGUUAACACGAGUCUACUAAAUGAAAAAACCCAAGCACCUAUCCACUUGGCUACCGAGCUCAAUAAGGUGUCAGUGCUCGAAGUAUUUGCGAAAUACAAAGGCCAAUUCAAUGUGGAUCUUGGCGGAGAACAUGGCCGAACAGCGUUGCAUUUCGCUGCUAUUCAUGAUCAUGAUAUUUGCGCUAGAAUCUUGAUAACGGAUAUGGGAGCACAAUGGAAGCAACCAUGCAACAACGGUUACUAUCCAAUUCAUGAGGCUGCGAAGAAUGCUUCGUCCAGAACAAUGGAAAUCUUUCUCCAAUGGGGCGAGUCGAAAGGUUGCACUCGGGAACAAAUGAUAUCCUUGUAUGACAACGAAGGAAACGUGCCCCUGCAUUCUGCAGUACACGGUGGUGAUAUCAGGGCUGUUGAGCUAUGUCUAAGGUCGGGCGCGAAGAUAUCAACGCAACAACACGAUCUGUCUACUCCAGUCCAUCUUGCCUGUGCUCAGGGAGCCUUAGAAAUCGUGAGUCUUAUGUUUACAAUGCAACCUGGUGAAAAGUUAGCAUGCCUCACGUCAUGUGAUGUACAGCGGAUGACUCCUUUACAUUGCGCGGCCAUGUUUGAUCACCCGGACAUCGUAAGCUAUUUGAUUGCUGAAGGCUCAGAUAUAAAUCCACUAGACAAAGAACGGCGGUCACCACUUUUACUAGCUGCUUCACGAGCCGGAUGGAGGACAGUUCACAAAUUGAUAACUUUGGGUGCUGAUGUUGAACUUAAAGAUAUCAAUUCACGAAACGUUUUGCACCUUGUUGUAAUGAAUGGUGGACGCCUUGAAGAUUUUGCAGCGACUUGUAAGGGUCGCUGCGAAAGAAGUCUCGUGAAACUCCUUAAUGAAAAAGAUAACACUGGAUGUUCACCUCUACAUUACGCGAGCCGUGAAGGACACAUAAGAUCCUUGCAAAACCUUAUACAUCUAGGUGCUAGUAUCAAUUUAAAAAAUAAUAACAACGAGAGCCCACUACAUUUUGCAGCCAGGUACGGACGCUACCAUACCGCAUGCCAGCUGCUCGACUCUGAUAAGGGCACCUUCAUUAUCAAUGAGAGUGAUGGGGAGGGGCUCACACCAUUACAUAUUGCGUCUCGUGAAGGUCAUACUAGGGUGGUACAGCUUUUGCUCAAUCGUGGAGCUUUACUGCAUAGAGACCAUAACGGCCGGAACCCCUUACAUCUAGCUGCUAUGAGUGGAUAUACCCAGACUAUAGAACUGUUGCACUCAGUUCAUUCUCAUUUACUCGACCAGUCCGAUAAAGAUGGAAAUACUCCUCUACAUCUGGCUACUAUGGAAAAUAAACCUAAUUCAAUAGCACUGCUGCUAUCUAUGGGAUGCCGGCUUAGUUACAACAGUUUAGAUAUGAGCGCAAUAGACUACGCCAUUUACUACAAAUUCCCCGAGGCGGCGCUAGCGAUGGUUACUCACGAACAGAGAGCUAAAGAAGUAAUGGCCCUUCGGUCUGACCGCCAUCCUUGCGUCACCCUCGCUCUCAUCGCCUAUAUGCCUCGGGUAUUUGAAGCGGUACAAGACAAAUGCAUCACUAAAGCUAACUGUAAAAAAGAUUCAAAGAGCUUUUACAUAAAAUACAACUUCGAUGCUCUUUGCCCACAACCAAAAGUAGAUGAAGAUGGUGUCAGAAUUCCAGAGAGCAAAACAUCAAAAAUACCGUUGCCUGCUUUAAAUGCAAUGGUAGCUCAUGGCCGCGUAGAGCUGUUGGCUCAUCCACUGAGUCAAAAAUAUUUACAAAUGAAAUGGAAUUCGUAUGGAAAAUAUUUCCAUCUGGCUAAACUUCUGUUCUACUGUAUAUUCUUGACCUUCGUCACUGUGUACACGUACCUUCUUAUGUCGCCCAAUGUUUUUACUAACUUAAAUGAUUUCGACGAAAAGCCUGAAUCGAAUAAAUCGUAUACCGGAAAACUAAAAGACUACGAAACUAUGAUAGCAAUUUACACAAGUACUGGAGCCAUUCUUUUCUAUAACUUAAUGUGUUUGAUUCGGGAAAUUUCUAAUAUUAAAGAACAAAAAUGGCAUUAUAUUGUGGAUCCAUCUAAUUACAUGUCUUGGAUGUUAUAUAUAAGCUCUGUGCUUAUGGUUCUUCCAUCAGUGUAUCCUAUUUAUGGGAAUAUUCAGCACUCAGCGGCUUCGAUCACAGUUUUCUUAUCCUGGUUCGAGCUUCUAUUACUGUUACAGCGAUUUGAUCAAGUCGGAAUCUACGUAGUGAUGUUUUUGGAGAUCUUGCAAACUCUUAUCAAAGUGUUGAUGGUGUUCUCAAUACUUAUUAUUGCAUUCGGACUCUCUUUCUUCGUUUUACUUUCCAAUGGACAUCACCUAUCUUUCAGCAGUGUACCGAUGUCUUUGAUGAGAACUUUCGCAAUGAUGCUAGGCGAAAUUGACUUUGUAGGAACUUACGUACAACCAUAUUACAAAUAUGGGACUGAUACCCUUAUGCUUUAUCCCAUUCCUACAUUUUUGAUCCUUGGACUAUUUAUGGUUCUCAUGCCAAUUCUUCUGAUGAAUUUGCUUAUCGGUUUGGCUGUUGGUGAUAUCGAGAGCGUGAGACGCAAUGCCCAACUGAAACGCCUAGCUAUGCAAGUGGUCCUUCACACGGAACUGGAACGAAAACUGCCUGCUAUGUGCUUGGAAAAAGUGGACAAGAACGAAUUAAUCGAGUAUCCAAACAAUAAAAAGUGCAAGCUUGGCUUUCUUGACCUCAUUUUACGGAAAUGGUUUUGCAAUCCUUUCACUGAUGAUGCUGUUGGUCUAGACCUGGUGUUAGAAAGCAACGAUGACUACAUAACGGCUGAGCUUGAUAAAAGCAAACGUCGUAUGCGGGAAAUGUCCCAGACUAUUGAUCAAAUACAUACGCUAACACGUUUAAUCGUACAGAAAAUGGAAAUAAAAACUGAAGCUGACGACGUGGACGAAGGUGUUUCACCAUCUGACGCUCGGGUUAUUCCCCGCUGGAGUUCUCCGCGUAUUCGCAAUAAGUUGCGUUCAGCGUACUCCUUUAACAAAGGCGGU